CCCUCUGUGUUUCCUAAGAAACAGGAACGGUUUCGAAAUGCUCGCUUAGAUUUCCUCGUCUUCAGUCCUCACAGGCACAGCUGACACUAGCCUCCACUCACGGCGCAUUUUAGCAAUCUUCUCUUCUCCGCCAUCGUCUUCAAUCUCUCUCUUUUUUCUCUCUCUGUCGCCAUCAUCAGAUCGUUUUCCGCCUCCGCAUUUUCCACAGUCUGCUGGAAAGUUCUCUGCGUCCAGUUUUGGACAAGGUUUCUAUAAGUUUGCUAUGCGGGGUCGUCAUGUUGAUGCCUACUCGGCGUACAAGCGUGUCACGUCGAGGGAUGCUGAGGCUUAUGAUAGAGAAGAAGACUCAGAACAACUAUUGAGUGGCAAAGAUCUUGGAAACCCUUCAUGGAGACGUUCUUUUCCCCAUAUGCUUGUAGCGGCUCUUUCUUCAUUCUUAUUUGGCUACCAUCUCGGAGUGGUUAAUGAAACACUAGAUAGCAUUUCUCUUGACCUUGGCUUUAGUGGGAAUCCCUUCGCUAAGGGUUUAGUAGUCAGUACGUGUUUAGGGGCUGCUUUUGUUGGAUCUCUAUUUAGUGGCUGGAUUCUAGAUGGAGUUGGGCAUCGAAGGGCAUUCCAACUGUGUGCGCUUCCGAUGAUAAUCGGUGCAUCGAUGAGUGCAACGACUCGCAGCCUAUGGGGCAUGAUUCUAGGGCGGAUAUUUGUUGGAACUGGGAUGGGCAUUGGUCCUCCUGUUGCUGCUCUCUAUGUGUCAGAGAUUUCACCAGCUUUUGUAAGGGGUACAUUUGGUAGCGUCACACAAAUUGCUACAUGUCUUGGAUUGAUGGGGGCUCUAUUCAUUGGACUUCCUUCCAAGGAUAUAGUGGGCUGGUGGCGGGUUUGUUUUUGGGUAUCUACUGUUCCUGCUGCAGUGCUUGCUAUUUGCAUGGAGUUCUGUGCAGAGAGUCCUCACUGGCUUUUCAAGAGAGGAAGAGCCAUUGAAGCUGAAGCUGAAUUUGAGAAACUUUUAGGAGGAGCACAUGUUAAAUUUGCAAUGGCAGAAUUGUCAAAGUCUGAAAGAGGGGAUGAAUUGGAUACAGUAAAGUUCUCAGAGCUACUGUAUGGCCGCCAUUUCAAAAUGGUUUUCAUUGGGUCUACCAUUUUUGCUUUACAACAGCUGUCAGGCAUAAAUGCUGUAUUCUAUUUCUCCUCAACGGUCUUUAAAAGCUUCGGUGUGCCUUCAGAUAUUGCAAAUGUAUGUGUCGGAGUUGCAAAUCUAUCAGGGUCAAUUGUUGCAAUGAUAUUGAUGGAUAAGCUUGGAAGAAGGGUGCUUCUUCUUGGAAGUUUUACUGGCAUGGCAGUGUCAAUGAGUCUUCAAGUAAGUGGAGCAAGUUCUUAUACUUCAGGAUCUGGAGCACUGAGUCUAUCUGUUGGUGGCAUGCUGCUGUUUGUUUUGAUGUUUUCUCUUGGAGCUGGUCCAGUGCCUAGUCUCCUACUAUCAGAAAUUCUUCCCAGCCGUAUUAGAGCGAAGGCCAUGGCAGUUUGCAUGGCUGUGCAUUGGGUGGUAAACUUCUUUGUUGGUCUAUUCUUUUUGCCCUUGCUGGAGAAAAUCGGGCCACAACUUCUGUAUACAAUCUUUGGUAUUUUUUGUGUAUUGGCUGUGAUAUUUGUGAAGAGAAAUGUAGUGGAAACAAAAGGAAAGUCACUCCAAGAAAUUGAAAUUGCACUUAUUCCACCACAGUAAAGGUUCUUCAACAAAAUUAGAUUACUUGUUUACACAAAGCUGAAGUCCUUUUGUAUUGAUGGAAUCCAAGCCCACUAGUUAUUGGUGUUCCUAUAUAAGCUGUUGCUCUUUUGCUUGUCUGAAUUCAUGGAUGAGGAUGUUCAAUUGCAGGGAUAUAAUGCACAAUAAGGUAGUAUGGAGAUUCUCAAAUCUGGUAUA